CGCAAUAACCACGUGUGCGGCAGCUUGAGCACCGGCGAAGGGUGAGAGUGGAGCCAGGGCCCUAGGGACCCUUCGGACACGGAGCGUCUGUGUACCGCGUGACAGACGCGAGGGCGAUGGGGCUCACCAAGCAGUACCUGCGCUACGCCGCCAGCGCGCUCUUCGGAGUCAUCGGCAGCCAGAAGGCCAACGUCUCGUUCGUGACCCUCCGCGGGGAGAAGGGCCGCUAUGUGGCGGUUGGGGCCUGCGAGCACGUCUUCAUCUGGGACACCCGGAAGGGCGAGAAGGUGCUCAUCCUCCAGGGGCAGAAGCACGAGGUGACCCGUCUGUGUCCCUCGCCCGACGGGCUGUCGCUGGCCGUGGGGUACGAGGACGGAUCCAUCCGGAUCUUCAGCCUGCUGAGCGGGGAGAGCGGAAUCACCUUCAACGGGCACAAGGAGGCCGUGACGGCCCUGAGCUACGACCACCUGGGGGGCCGGCUGGUGUCGGGAUCCAAGGACACGCACGUGAUCGUGUGGGAUGUGAUUAAUGAGAGUGGUUUAUACAGACUGAAGGGUCACAAGGACGCCGUCACCCAGGCUCUGUUCCUGAAGGAGAAGAACCUCCUUGUCACCAGUGGAAAAGACACGUUGGUGAAGUGGUGGGACCUGGACACCCAGCACUGCUUCCAGACCAUGGUGGGGCACCGGACCGAGGUCUGGGGUAUGACCGUCCUCUCCGGAGAAAGCCGUGUGCUGACGGGGUCCGCGGACAGCGAGCUGAGGGCCUGGAGCCUCUCGUACAUGAAGGAGGGUGAGGACGCCGAGGCUCCGCAGACCAAGAAAGCCAGGGGUGUUUCGGAGGCUCCGGCGGCGGAGGACGGGGGGGACGCGGAGGAGGUCGGGGGGGAUGUGGAGGAGGCUCCGGAGCAGCGCAUCCUAUCCUGCCGCCGAUACGGCUCCAUCAUGAGAGAAGGAAGGGACCGCGUGGUGACUCUGGGCACGGAUCGGACGCAGAGGUUCCUGGCCUGCCACGGCGCCGACUCCCUGCUGGAGAUCUUCUGCCUCCUGACCGAGGAGGAAAUCGCCAAGAAACUGGAGAAGAAGCUGAAAUCCGCCAGGAAGAAGGCGCAGAAGAAAUGCGGGGCCGGGGAGACCCCCGAGGAGCCGCUGAUCGAACGGACGCUUCGGGACGAGAUCCAGAAAACGAGCAACAUUAGAACCUCCUCCAAAAUCAAGUCCUUUGAUCUCCUCGUGUGUCCGAAGGGGGCGCUGAAAGUGGUGGCGCUGCUUCAGAAUAACUGCGUGGAGUGUUACUCGCUGCCGGAGGGGCCGCCGCAGCCCACCCUCACCGAGGGCACCAAGACGUACAGACUCACCAUCGGGGGGCACCGCAGCGACGUGCGCACCAUGGCCUUCAGCUCCGAUAACAUCGCCGUGCUGUCCGCGUCCGCCGAGGCCGUCAAAAUCUGGAACAGGUCCACCCUGCAGUGUAUCCGGACCAUGCCCUGCGAGUAUGCUCUGUGCUCUGCGUUUGUCCCGGGGGAUCGGCAUGUCAUUAUAGGAAGUAAGUCCGGGAAGCUGCAGAUCUUUGACUUGGCGUCGGGGAGCCUCCUGGAGUCCGUGGCCGCGCAUGACGGGGCUUUAUGGUCCAUUUCUCUGUCUCCUGAUCAGAGGGGAUUUGCCACCGGAGGGGCAGAUAAAUGCGUGAAGUUUUGGGAGUUUGAGCUGAUAAGCGAUGAGUCGGACGCCCAGAGCAGCCGGCGGCUCUCCGUGAAGCAGACCCGCGUGCUGCAGCUGGAUGAGGACGUCCUGUCCGUGCGUCACAGUCCCGAUGGGCGCUUCGUGGCCGCGUCGCUGCUGGACUGCACCGUCAAGAUCUUCUUCGUCGAUACCCUGAAGUUCUUCCUGUCUCUGUACGGACACAAGCUCCCGGUGCUCUGUCUGGAUAUCUCGCAUGACAGCACCAUCAUCAUCACAGGUUCUGCAGACCGAAACAUCAAGAUCUGGGGCCUGGAUUUUGGGGACUGCCACCGCUCGCUCUUUGCCCACGAUGACAGCGUGAUGUUCCUACAGUUUGUGCCGAAGACUCACCUGUUCUUCAGCGCCGGGAAAGACCGCAAAGUGAAGCAGUGGGACGCGGACCGGUUCCAGCAGGUGCAAACGCUCGAGGGCCACCAUGGAGAGGUGUGGAGUUUGGCCGUCAGUCCCAACGGGGACCAUAUUGUAUCAUCGUCACACGACAAGUCUCUGCGUCUCUGGGAGAGAACGAGGGAGCCUCUGAUCCUCGAGGAGGAGAAGGAGCUGCAAAGAGAGGCAGAGUACGAGGAGAGUGUGGCCAGAGGCGGGCAGCCGGUGGUGGCUGGAGAGCGCGAGGGGGAAGCCGGUCUGGCGGGGAAGAAAACCAUUGAGACCAUAAAAGCGACGGAGCGCAUCAUGGAGGCCGUCGAGCUGCACAGGGAGGAGAGCGCGAAGCUGGAGGAGCAUCAGGCGCUAUGCAAAGCUGCGGGCAAAGAGCUGCCCCGUCGGACUCACCCCAUCCUGCAGGCGUACGGGAACAUCUCGCCCUCAGAAUAUGUUCUGGACGUCUUCAAGAAAGUGAAAUCCAGCGAGCUGGAGGAGUCUCUCCUGGUUCUGCCGUUCUCCUACGUGCCCGACGUGCUCACGUUGUUCCGGGAUUACAUCCGGCGCGGUCAGGACGUCGAGCUGAUCUGUCGCUGCCUUUUCUUCCUGCUGAGGAUUCACUUUGGGCAGAUCACCAGUAAUCACAUGCUGCUCGGGGUAAUCGAGGACCUGAAGAACUGCACCAUCUCGCGGGUGUCGGAAGCGCGGGACGUCAUGGGCCUGAACAUGGCCGGCCUGCAGUUCCUGAAGAGAGAGAUCGAGGCCAAAGAGGAGGUUCUGUUCUUCGCGGACGCCACCGAUCGCUUCGAGGAGCGCCGGAGGAAGAGGAAGAAGAACGAGAAGCUGCUCCUCGCCGUGGUUUAGUUCCCGCUGGACAGGUAGAGAGGAUAACGAUCCGUUAGUAGGAUUUCGCUGCGCGAUCCGCAUCCCCAAAAGCUGCUCCACAAUGGAAGAGGAGCUCCGGCAUUGGCUCAGACUGUUGUCAUGGGGACUGCUGUGCGUAUCGGCACUCAGACUGUCCCAUUUUCCCAGGAUUUGGGGGGGUAGAACAUCUUAUAGUUCGAUACCAGACCAGGUGUGUUCAUGGGUUUGGGGUUUAUCAGAUUUUACCUGUACAGACCGGCGUGUGUCGGCCGCUUUAUAAUAAACAUCUAUUUUAUACGAUC